AUGACAAGCCUUGCUGAAGCUAAAAAAGACGGGUUUCUAGCCAAUGGCAGCCGACCCAUUGCCGAGUCCUCGCUACCUUCUACCCAGCUGAGUUCGUUUCUAACUGAUCCAUCCAGAUCAGCUGCUCCAAGUAAUAACACAGAAGAUGAGUCUGAGUUUGAUGAGUCUGACGAUGCUGAACAGAAUGGGAGUGUUGUUAGAAACUCGUACCUGAAAUCAUUUACUCAUGGCGGCUCUCCAAUACGACCACAGACAUCUCCCCUUGAGUCACCUUCAAAGUCACGUACUGACCUCAGCUUUCUGAGUAACAGUUCCAGACAUAGCGAUACGGGGAAAGAGGAUUUGCAUAACAGCCAGGAUUUCCAGAAUCUGUCUUUCAUGAACGAUACAAAGGCCCAAUUCGACUUGGCUAUUGAUUUGGACGAUACCAAGUUCACCCAGAACGCACGUAAACUACUGCUGUGGCUUCAUACGAACGGUGAUAAGAGCAUGUCUUCUAUACGGAAGGCUCUGGUCCUUAGCAAGUCGAAAUUGGGGACUAUGGUGGACUCUUCAUCGACGCAAAAGCAUGAAGAUUUGGUGAAGCAGCUCACAGAUUGCAAAAUCCAACUUAAACUCUACGAUAAGUUUCUUCAGGACUUGAUUGAUAAAAAACAGAUUGAUGUGGGUGAUAUUACUGAUUUCCACGAGAACUGGGAGGAGAGAGAGCUGACUGUGGCGAAGCUUCGACACGAGAAUGAUGAAAUGUCGACUUUGGUCGAGGAUUUGUAUGCUAAUCUCGAGGAGAGCCAACAAAAAUGGCGCCAGGCUGACCAAAGAGCUGAUAUUUUGCAUAAUUCAUUUGAGGAAUUGAAAGAUGAGAUAUCGAAGCUUCUUCUGGCAUCUGGAAUCCCGGAUAAGUUGGUUCAGUCGCAUGAUACUGCUUCUUAUAUUAAUCUGGCUAUCCCUCUACUUCGAACGCUCAUUGAUUCCGACAAAUCAAAUCAGGAGGUGACAGAUUUGGAGGAAAGGAUAGAAGUAUAUGAAAGAGAGGCUAGACAGUCUGAAAAGCUCUUAAGUCAACAGACAGAAGAAAUAGCAUCGUGGAAGGCGAAGUAUAACGAUCUUGAAAUACAAAUCGAUCAGCUUCAGGAAGCUGUCGAUACUACACCUCAAAAGUUCAGCAAGGAUGUGGAAGCUAGGUUUGCCAAGUACGAAACCAUGAUUGAUGACCUACAAAGACAAAUAGACCAGAGAGAAGACACGAGCAGACAGAGUUCUGUUACUGAGCUUCCAGAACAUCAAAAUAAGAUGGCCCAAAAAGCUGAUGCACUCCGACAAUACUAUGAUGAGCUUUCUCGCCAACACGAAGAGUUGGAAGAAGAGCUCAGAUCGACCAAACUAAACAUGAAUUCUAAGAUUAAGUCACUCACGACCCAGCUUGAUAAUCGGAAGAACGAGCAGCUUGCGCUUAGAGACCAGCUUGCGCUGAUGGACGAACUAAAGCAAAAUCUUGAAUUUGCAGUUGAAAAGCAAAGAAAGUUACAAUCGGAAAAAAUGAAACUCUCCUACCAAGUGGAAGAGCUCAACCAAGCCAAAUCGAAGUUGCAGGGAAACAUUGAUGUUCUUACAGAGAAAUUACAAGAUGCACAUAUCGAUGAUGAGAUAAGGCAAGAACCAAACGAAGACGAAGAGUCUAAGUUGAUGUUCCACCAAUUGUACGAGUUUGACAUUGCUCAGCUUAGCAAACUUGGAGAGACAUUUGACCGUCUUGUAGAUGACAGUUCCAUCAAUGAGCCAAUUGAGAAGAUCAAGACGAUCGAAGACUUUCUCAGGAAAAGCGAUGCCUAUAUCCUCGAUUACCCAGAAGAAGUAAUUUCUGACCUACUCCAGUGCCAUAAGAGCUUAUUCCACUACUUCACUAAGGCUGCUGAUCUUUCGGUAGACGACCACAUCAGUUUAUUAUUGAAGAAAGAACAGCGAGCCAGAGAGAACGAUCUGUAUGUGGAAAGACUCUCCAGCCGAAUUGUCGAGUUAGAGAAGCAAAACGACAAUUUAGCAAGACAAACCGAGGCUAGUCUGAGUGUGCCUGAGUACGACUUGAGGAUCCAGGAGCUCACUUCCAGAUGGAAAGCAGAGCGUGAAGCUAGAGUAUAUGAGAAUAAGCUGGCCAAGAGAAGAUUCAACGAGCUCGAAGAAGAAAUAAGAAGACUUCGAGAAGCCAUGAGCGAUGCAGCUUAA